AUGGCGCUUGGAGGGCUUCAGAAAGACCGGAUCUGCUUCAACUCCACCGUGAGCGCCUGCGCGAAAGCUGGGGAGUGGUGCAGGGCUCAGGAGCUGCUCUCCCUCAUGCUCCGCUCCGGCAUCGAGGCGAACCCAAUCAGCUUCAAUGCCGGGCUCAGCGUCUGUGAGAAGGCGGGGGAGUGGUAUGAAGCCCUGCAGCUGCUGGCGCUCGCGUCGCGGAAGGCGGUGGAGGCCAACAUCAUCAGCUACAACACCUGCAUCAGUGCCUGUGAGAAAGGAGGCUGCUGGCAGAUGGCGCUGCACCUCCUUGCGGAGAUGACGGCUGUCCGGCUGACAAGGGAUGGGAUCAGCUUCAAUGCUGCCAUCGCCGCCUGUGGGCGAGCCAGGCAGUGGCAGCAGGCGCUCCAGAUCCUGUCGGACAUGCCCGCAGCCAGAGUUGCCAGAGAUCUGGUGAGCUUCAACGCCGGUAUCGCUGCCGGGCACUGGGCUCAUGCUCUUCAGCUACUCGAGGAGCUUGCGGCUGCGCAACUGUCAGCGGAUGCCGUCAGCUGCACCGCCAGCAUCAGCGCCUGCGAGAAGCGCUGGGAGGUGGCGUUGCACCUGCUUUCGGAGAUGCCUGCGAUGCAAGUGCAACUGGGAUCGGCAAGUUUCAAUGCCUCCAUCAGUAGCUGCGGCGCAGGAGGACAUUGGCAAACGGCCCUCCGGCUGUUCCAAGAGAUGCAGGAGCUUCGGAUGGAGCUUUCCGUGGUGACCUUCGGGAACUCCAUCAGCGCUUGUGCCAAAGCUGGCCAGUGGCAGAUGGCUCUGCAGGUGCUUGCUGACAUGGGCCCUGCCAGAGUCCAGGCAAGUGCGGUGGUCUUCGGGGCCGCCAUCUCGGCUUGUGAGGCAGCCAGGUGUUGGCAGCUUGCGCUUCAGCUGUUUGCUGAGCUGCAUCUCAUGGGGGUGGAAGCUAGCGCCGUCACCUGCAAUGCAGCGCUGUCUGCCUGUGCGGAAUGUGGAGAGUGGCAGCAGGCUUGGUAUUUGCUCCAAGAGAUGCAGAGCAAUACGAUUGAAGCAGACCGAAUCAGCUUCAAUGCCACCAUCAAUGCAUGUGGGAGGCAGGGACGGUGGCCGCUGGCAUUGAGCCUGCUGUUUCAGAUGCUGGCGAACCAAGUCGCUCCGGACAGCAUCAGCUGCAAUGCCGGCAUCAGUUCAUGCGAGAGAGGGGGGCAGUGGCAGAUGGCGCUUCGACUGCUGGCCCACCUUCCGGCCUUACGAAUUCAUGGGGACGUUGGCACUUGCUACGUCGCGGCGGAGGCUUUAGAACAUGCAGGGCAGUGGCAGCUAAUGCCGUGGCUCUUGGCCAGUGUGCCGGCGGAGGGCUUGGCCCACAAUCUCAGCGAGGAUGCCGCUGCAUGGAGCAAAAAGGGCAGGUCGGGGGUCUGA